UUCACCUGGACACUAACUAUGGGGUGGACAACUCUGUGGUUGUGUGUUCUGGCUCUGCCACUAACGAGCACCAUCCAGGUGAAAGCCAAGAAAGCGCGCCUGUCCAACCAUGUGAACAGCAUCUGCAGCACCUGGGGCAGAGAGCACUUCAAGACCUUCGAUGGAGACGUGUACCAGUUCCCAGGGACGUGUGAGUACAACCUGGCCUCCGACUGCCACUCUGAGUCCUACCAGGAGUUCUCUGUGCACCUGAAGAGGAACGAGGCUACUGAGGCUGAGGGGAACCCUACGGUCAAACACGUAGUGGUCACUAUCAACGACCUGGUCUUCCACCUGACCAAGACUCAGGUCGCGGUCAAUGGAGAAAUUGUAACUCUGCCGUACUACAAUGGAGGAGUCCAACUGGAGAGGAAUGCAGUUUACACCAAACUCUACUCCAAGGUUGGCCUGGUUGUCAUGUGGAACGGAGAGGAUGCCGUCAUGGUGGAGCUGGACACGGAGUAUACCAACCGUACCUGUGGUCUCUGUGGAGACUUCAAUGGCCUUCCAGUCCACAAUGAGUUUGUUCAUAACGGUCGUAAAGUGAGCCCCAUUGAGUUUGGAAACAGACAGAAGGUCCACAGGCCCAACGAGGACUGUGAAGACCCCUAUGAAGAGGAAGAGGAAGAUGAACCUGCAGACGUUCAGCCUAAAGAGGACACAUGCAAGGAGUUUCAUGCCCAGUGUGACCAACUCCUGCGCUCGCCGUUGUGGAGCUCCUGUGGUGCGGUCGUGAACCCUGACCCCUACAUCCAGGCCUGUGUUCAGGACCUGUGUGGCUGCAGCAACACUUCUGAUAGCUUCUGUGUCUGCAGCACCCUGGCAGAGUACUCCAGACAGUGCUCCCACGCCGGGGGACAGCCACCCCACUGGAGAACAACAGCCUUUUGUGACAAGCAGUGUCCGUUCAACAUGGUCUAUCUGGAGAGUGGCUCUCCCUGCAUGGAUACCUGUACCCACUCAGACACCAGCUCACUGUGUGAAGAACACCUGAUGGACGGCUGCUUCUGCCCCCACGGGACUGUGUUUGAUGACAUCUCAAAGAGGGGGUGUGUCACUCAGGACCAGUGUCAGUGCAAACACGACAAGGUUUACAACUCUGGAGAAGUAUUCAGACAGGAUCGUGAGGAAUGUGUCUGUCAUCAUGGUCAGUGGUCCUGUAAAAGUCUGCCCAGCCCUGCUACAUGUGCCGUAGAGGAGGGUUCACACGUGACGACCUUCGAUGGGAAAGCAUUCACCUUCCAUGGGGACUGUUACUACCCCUUAGCCAAGGUGGAAAGCAAGGAUGAAACCAGUCCAAAGUUCACUGUACUGGUCCAGCUGGUUCCCUGUAUAAGACAGAAGUUUGACACUUGCCUCAAGAGUGUUGUGGUCUUGCUAAACAAUGAUAGAAACAACGCUUUGGUGAUUACCGCCGAUGGGAAGGUCAGCCACAAUGCACAGAUCACUCUGCCUUACAACACAGCUGACAUCAGUGUGUUCAAGCCCUCGUCCUUCCACAUGAUGCUCCAGACCAGCUUUGGGCUGCAGGUUCAGAUCCAGCUGGUCCCUAUCAUGCAGGUCUAUGUCACCCUGGACGAGAGCUACAAGACCAAGACACAAGGUCUGUGUGGGAACUUCAACAAGGUUCUGUCUGAUGACAUGAAGACCCCCCAGGGUAUGGUGGAGGGAACAGCCUCUUCAUUUGGGAACUCCUGGAAGGCUAAUCCUACCUGCAGAGACAGAGAGGAGAGGCUGGACGACCCCUGCUCCCUCAGCGUGGAGAAUGAGAACUAUGCUAAACAUUGGUGCUCCAUGCUCAGAAGUUCUGACAGCACUUUUGCCAAGUGCCAUGCCAUGGUGGACCCCGAGCUUUACUACAAGCGAUGCACGUACGCUAGCUGCAACUGUGAGAAGAGUGAAGACUGCCUGUGUGCCGUCUUCUCCUCUUAUGUGCGAGACUGUGCUACCAAGGGAGUGGUCCUGUCGGGCUGGAGAGAGAACGUGUGUGACAAAUACAUUGGUCACUGCCCAGCGUCUCAGACCUACUCUGACCAGCUCCAGAGAUGUCAGCUGACCUGUAGCUCCCUGGCCAGCAAAAACCAGGGUUGUACCAACGACUUCCUCCCCGUGGAUGGUUGCUCUUGCCCGGAUGGACUCUACAUGGAUGACAGGGGCACCUGUGUACCCAUGGACAAAUGCCCCUGCUUCCACAACGGGGUCCACAUCAAGCCUGGGAAGUCCAUCAACAUUCAGGAGGAGCACUGUGUCUGCAACAAUGGGAAGCUUCACUGUCGUUCCUGGAAGAUGCGUUCAGAGAGUACCUGCCAGUCGCCGAAGGUGUUCUUGAACUGCUCCAAUGACCUGGGAGUACAGUGUACACGGAGCUGUAGGAACCCGGAUUUCAUGGACUGUUUCUCCGCAGAGUGUGAGUCUGGGUGCAAGUGUCCCAUGAGUCUGUGGGAGGAUGGGAAAGGCAUGUGUGUGAAAAAACAUGAAUGCCCGUGCAGCCAUGACGGAUUCCUCUAUGCCCCAGGAAAACAGAUCCCAAACGGAUGUAACACUUGCACCUGUAAGAGUGGGAAAUGGGAGUGCACAGAUAAGAAGUGUCCAGGAACCUGUACCAUCUAUGGCAGUGGCCAUUACAAAACCUUUGAUGAGCGCACGUAUGGCUUCCAAGGAAAAUGUGGCUAUGUGGCUGUCCAGAACAAAUGUGGGAACCGGCCUGUCCAGGACAAAUUCAUGGUGAUCACAGAGAACAUACCGUGUGGAACCACAGGCACCACUUGCUCCAAGUCUGUCAGGGUUCAACUGGGGAGAACAGAGCUGAAACUAUCAAAGAGGACCCAUGAAGUGGUGGACCUAGGCGUGGGCUCUCAGAUCCAGUACCGAGUGAGGACCGUCGGUCUGUACCUGAUUGUUGAGUCAGACAUCGGGAUCGCAGUGCUGUGGGACCGCAAAACUACCGUCCGCAUCGUCCUGGAGCCACAACAUAGUGGAGCAGUGUGCGGCCUGUGUGGGAACUAUAAUGGAGAAGGCAGAGAUGACUUCACCACACAAGGUCAGAUGAUAGUCAGCAGCCCUGUGGAGUUUGCUAACAGCUGGAAAGUGUCAAGCACUUGCCCCGACGCAGAAAGCAACGUGGACCCAUGUGGAGCCAGACCCAACCGUCACAACUGGGCUAAGAUGCAGUGCAGCAUCAUCACAGGAAAGACUUUCCAACUGUGUCACAAGAAGGUAGACCCUAGUCUGUACUUUGAGAACUGUGUGAAGGACUCCUGUGCCUGUGAUAGUGGUGGAGACUGUGAGUGUUUCUGUACAGCUGUAGCAGCCUACGCCCAGGCCUGCACCGAAGCUGGAGUCUGUGUUGCAUGGAGAACACCAGAAAUCUGUCCUGUGUUCUGUGACUACUACAACGAUCCAGGUGAAUGUGAAUGGCAUUACAGCCCUUGCCACACACCUUGCUUCAAGACCUGUCUGAAUCCAAAUGGGACCUGUGACAACCCUCUUCCCAAUCUGGAAGGUUGUUACCCACAAUGCCCUCCAGAUAGGCCAAUAUUUAAUGAAGAGACCGGGGAGUGUGUUGAGGAAUGCACACCAACAACAACCCCCCAGGCAACCACACCAACACCAACAACAACACCGUGGACACCAACAACUACCACAUUGACAACAAAACCUCCAACAACAACACCAAUGCCACCAACAACAACACAAACACCACCAACAACCACACCACCAUCAACAACAACCACACCAAAGCCAACAACAACCACACCAAAGCCAACAACAACACCAAUGCCACCAACAACAACAACCACACCAAUGCCACCAACAGCAACCACACAAAUACCAACAACAACCACACAUACACCAACACCAACACCAACAACACCAUUACCACCAACAACAACCACAACAAUACCAACAACAACAACAAUACCACCAACAACAACAACAAUACCACCACCAACAACAACAACACCACCAAUACCAACAACAACAACAACACCAACACCAACAACAACAACAACAACAACAACAACCACAACAAUACCACCAACAACAACAACACCAAUACCAACAACAACAACAACCACACCAAAGCCAACAACGACAACACCAAUGCCACCAACAACAACAACCACACCAAAGCCAACAACAACCACACCAAAGCCAACAACGACAACACCAAUGCCACCAACAACAACAACCACACCAAUACCAACAACAACAACAACAACAACAUCAAUAUCACCAACAACAACCACACAAACACCAACAACCACACCAAUUCCACCAACAACAACAACAACCACACCAAUACCACCAACAACAACCCCCCAGACACCAGAGCCAACAACUACUCCUUGUAUUCCUACCUGUGAGUGGUCAGAAUGGUAUGAUGAAGAUGAUGAAAAAGACAAGAGUGACUGGGAAACGUAUUGGAAUAUCACGCAGAGUGGAAAAGAAGUGUGUGAAGAUCCACAGGAUAUUGAAUGUGUAGCUACAGACUAUCCAAAUACAAGCUUAGAGGACUAUGUAGCUUCGACAGGCCAAGUUGUGGAGUGCGAUCUUGACUUCGGGUUAAUAUGUGAAGAAAAUAAACAAACUCAGAGACCAUUUAAGUGCUAUAACUAUAAGAUUAGAGUCCUCUGUUGCGUUGAAUGUUUAUCAACAACAUCACCAAAACCAACAACAACACUAACAACAACAACAACAGCACCUUCACCACCAACAACGACCACACCAAAACCACCACCAACAACGACCACACCUUCACCACCAACAACAACCACACCAAUACCAACAACAACAACAACAGCAAUACCGACAACGACAACAAAAACACCAACAACAACAACACCAGCAACAACAACAAAACUAAUACCAACAACAACAACAACACCAACACCACCAACAACAACACCAAUACCAACAACAACAACUCCAAUUCCACCAACAACAACCACACCAAUACCACCAACACCAUCAACUACACCAAUACCAACAACAACAACCACACCAAUACCACCAACAACAACAACACCAAUACCACCAACACCAACAACAACCACACCAGUACCAACAACAACCACUCCAAUUCCACCAACAACAACAACACCAAUACCUCCAACACCAUCAACAACACCAAUACCAACAACAACAACAACACCAACAACAACAACACCAAUACCACCAACACCAAUAACAACACCAAUAACAACACCAAUACCACCAACAACAACACCAAUACCAACAUCAACAACACCACCACCAACAACAACAACAACACCAUCAACAACAACAACACCAACAACAACAACACCAACAACCACACCAAUACCACCAACAACAACGACACCAAUACCACCAACAACAACAACACCAAUACCACCAACACCAACAACAACACCAGCAACAACAACACCAAUACCACCAACAACAACACCAAUAGCAACAUCAACAACACCACCACCACCAACAACAACAACACCACCAACUCCAUCAACAACAACAACAACACCACCAACACCAUCAACAACAAAAACAACAACCACACCAAUACCACCAACACCGUCAACAACACCAAUACCACCAACAACAACAACAACAACAAAACCACCAACAACAACCACACCAAUACCACCACCAACAACCACACCAAUACCACCAAUACCAUCAACAACACCAAUACCAACAACAACAACAACACCAAUACCAACAACAACAACAACACCAAAAACAACAACAACACCAACACCAACCACACCAAUACCACCAACAACAACAACACCAAUACCACCAACACCAUCAACAACACCAAUAACAACAACAACAACACCAAAACCACCAACAACAACACCACCAAGAACAACCACACCAAUACCACCAACAACAACCACACCAAUACCACCAACAACAACAACACCAAUACCACCAACAACAACCACACCAAUAUCACCAACACCAUCAACUACACCAAUACCACCAACAACAACCACACCAAUACCACCAACACCAUCAACAACACCAAUACCACCAACAACAACAACACCAAUACCACCAACAACAACCACACUAAUACCACCACCAACAACAACACCAAUACCACCAACAACAACCACACCAAUACCACCAACACCAUCAACCACACCAAUACCACCAACAACAACCACACCAAUACCACCAACACCAUCAACAACACCAAUACCACCAACAACAACCACACCAAUACCAACAACAACAACCACACCAAUACCAACAACAACAACAACAUCAAUACCACCAACAACAACCCCCCAGACACCAGAGCCAACAACUACUCCUUGUAUUCCUACCUGUGAGUGGUCAGAAUGGUAUGAUGAAGAUGAUGAUAAAGACAAGAGUGACUGGGAAACGUAUUGGAAUAUCACGCAGAGUGGAAAAGAAGUGUGUGAAGAUCCACAGGAUAUUGAAUGUGUAGCUACAGACUAUCCAAAUACAAGCUUAGAGGACUAUGUAGCUUCGACAGGCCAAGUUGUGGAGUGCGAUGUUGACUUCGGGUUAAUAUGUGAAGAAAAUAAACAAACUCAGAGACCAUUUAAGUGCUAUAACUAUAAGAUUAGAGUCCUCUGUUGCGUUGAAUGUUUAUCAACAACAUCACCAAAACCAACAACAACACUAACAACAACAACAACAGCACCUUCACCACCAACAACUACCACACCAAAACCACCAGCAACAACCACACCAAUACAACCAACAACAACGACAGCAAUACCAACAACAACAACAACACCAAUACCAACAACGACAACAACAACACCUACAACAACAACACCACCAACAACCACACCAAUUCCACCAACAACAACAACAACACCAAUACCACCGACACCAUCAACAACACCAAUACCAACAACAACAACAACACCAAUACCACCAACAACAACCACACCAAUACCACCACCAACAACAACAGCACCACCACCAACAACAACAACAACAACCACACCAAUACCACCAACGACAACAACACCAAUACCACCAACACCAUCAACAACACCAAUACCAACAACAACACCAAUACCACCAACAACAACACCAACAACAACCACACCAAUACCACCAACAACAACCACACCAAUACCACCCGAAACAACCACACCAAUACCAACAACAACAGCAAUACUACCAACAACAACACCAACACCACCACCAACAACAACAACAACACCAAUACCAUCAACAACAACACCAACAACAACAACAGCAACAACAACCACACCAAUACCACCACCAACAACACCACCAACACCAUCAACAACACCAACACCACCACCAACAACAACAACAACCACACCAAUGCCAACACCAACAACACCACCACCAACAACAACACCAAUACCAACACCACCACCAACAACAACCACACCAAUACCACAACCACCAACAACAACAACCACACCAACAACACCACCAGUACCACCAACAACAACAACCACACCAACAACAACAACAACAACACCAGUACCACCAACAACAACACCAAUACUACAUCCACCAACAACAACACCAGUACCACCAACACCAACAACCACACCAACAACAACACCAAUACCACCAACACCAUCAACAACACCAAUACCAACAACAACAACACCAAUACCACCAACAACAACACCAACAACAACCACACCAAUACCACCAACAACAACCACACCAAUACCACCCGAAACAACCACACCAAUACCAACAACAACAACAACAGAAAUACGACCAACAACAACACCAACACCACCACCAACAACAACAACACCAAUACCAUCAACAACAACACCAACAACAACAACACCAACAACAACAACCACACCAAUACCACCAACAGCAACCACACCAAUACCACCAACAACAACCACACCAAUACCAACACCAUCAACAACACCAACAACAACCACACCAAUGCCAACACCAACAACACCAACACCACCAACAACAACCACACCAAUACCACAACCACCGACAACAACAACACCAGUACCACCAACAACAACAACCACACCAACAACAACACCAGUACCACCAACAACAACAACCACACCACCACCAACAACAACAACACCAGUACCACCAACAACAACAACACCAAUACCACAUACACCAACAAAAACAACAACACCAUUACCACCAACAACUACCACAGCAACAACAACACCACCAACAACAACAACACCAACAACAACAACCACACCAAUACCACCAACAGCAACCACACCAAUACCAACACCAACACCAUCAACAACACCAACAACAACCACACCAAUGCCAACACCAACAACACCAACACCACCAACAACAACCACACCAAUACCACAACCACCGACAACAACAACACCAGUACCACCAACAACAACAACCACACCAACAACAACACCAGUACCACCAACAACAACAACCACACCACCAACAACAACAACAACACCAGUACCACCAACAACAACAACACCAAUACCACAUACACCAACAACAACAACACCAUUACCACCAACAACUACCACAGCAACAACAACACCACCAACAACAACAACACCAAUACCAACACCACCACCAACAACAACCACACCAAUACCACAACCACCAACAACAACAACACCCGUACCACCAACAACAACAACCACACCAACAACAACACCACCAACUACAACAUCAACCACACCACCACCACCACCAACAACAACACCACCAACAACCACACCACCACCAACAACAACACUACCACCAACAACUACCACACCAUUACCACCAACAACAACCACACCUAAACCACCAACUACAACGGAAGCCAUAACUCUAACCACAACCCCAACAACAACAGAAGAAUCAACCACAACCCCCAGGACAACUGAAAAACCAACCACAACCCCAACGACAACAGAAGAACCAACCACAACCCCAACGACAACAGAAGAAUCAACCACAACCCCAGGACAACUGAAAAACCAACCACAACCCCAGACAACUGAAAAACCAACCACAACCACCCCUGUCAUAGACACCACAACCACUAAAGCUCCUACAACAACACCCAAACCACCAACUACAACAGAAGCCACAACUCCAAUGACAACCACAUCAACAACAACCCAUGAAUCGGUUGUCACUGGUCCUCCAAUAACACCAGAACAUCAAGUCAGUUCAAUACCAACCACAACUGGGUCACCAACCCCUCCACCAAUCACUUGUCCUGAGUGGGACAAAGUGCAAAAUGAAACUUUCUGGCUCUGCAACUGCACAUUGGCCAGAUGCAUUGAAAACAACACCAUUGAGAUAAUUCCGUAUGAAUGCCCAGUGCCUGAGCCAAUCACAUGUACCAAUGGCAAGAAACCAGUGCUACAAUGGGAUGAGUUCUACUGCUGCCAACGAUUCGUGUGUGACUGCGUCUGUGAGGGUUGGGGAGACCCCCAUUACAUCACCUUCGACGGGCUCUUCUACAGUUUCCAAGGGAACUGUACCUAUGUGCUGAUGGAGGAGAUGUUGCCGCGUCACCACUUCAAGAUCUACAUCGACAACGUCAACUGUGAUCCCACCGAGGACGUGUCUUGUCCUCGAUCCAUCAUUGUGUCCUACCGCUCAACAGUUAUAACACUGAAGAAUCACAACCUCAUUGGAGCUGCUCAGUUGGAGGCUCUUAUUGAUGGAGUUUCCCUGAGACUACCCUUCACGCGGAACGGUGUGAAGGUGAUGAACUCUGGUAUCAACAUGGUCUUGGAGAUAGCACACCUCCAGGUGGUAGUUACCUUUGGAGUCACUGGCUUCAGCGUCAACCUUCCUUGGCAACACUUUGGCAACAAUACACAGGGUCAUUGUGGAACAUGUAGCAACAACCAGGCUGAUGACUGCAUGUUGCCUGGAGGUCAGCUGGUGGAGAACUGUGCUGUGAUGGCAGACUACUGGCCAGCCAAGGACCUCUACCAGCCUGACUGCCAUGUGCCACCUGGAAUCCCCACCAACUCUCCUCUCCCUGAACCCACACAGAAGCCAUGCAAGCCAGACUCCUCUGUCUGUGAUCUCCUGAAGGACAGCAUUUUUGCAGCCUGUCAUCCAUUUGUCUCACCUGACAACUUCUACAAGGGCUGUGUCUAUGACAGCUGCCACGUGUCCAACCCAGCGGUGGAGUGCACCAGUCUGCAGACAUACGCUGCUGCCUGUGCCCAGUUUGGAGUAUGCAUCUACUGGAGAAACCACACCGAGUUCUGUGCCAGCGACUGUCCAGCUGACAAAGUCUACAAGCCCUGCGGUCCUGCAGAACAGCCAACCUGUGAUGACAAUCCAGACGAGUCUAGGAUGAACUUCACCACCGAAGGCUGCUUCUGUCCUGAUGGGAUGAAACUCUUCAACAAGGACUCAGGGAUCUGUGUUGAUAAGUGUGGAUGCAUUGACCCCCCGAAGGAGUUCCGCAGAGGUAAGUUAGGCCUUUUGUUCAACGAGAGGUUUGAGUACAAGUGCCAGGAUUGCGUUUGUUUGGAGUCCACCAAGACUGUGACCUGUAAACCCAAGGUCUGCUCCAAACCACCAGUAGAGAUAUGCACUGGACCAGGCUUUGUAUAUGUCAACCAAACCGAUCCAUCCGAUCCAUGCUGCUCCAACCUCGCCUGCCGUUGUGACAGCAGCACUUGCCCAACUACCGACAUGAACUGUCCUAUUGGGUUCAUGCCAGUGGUUUCAGUCCGAGGGAAAUGCUGUCCAGAGCACACAUGUGAGCCUAAAAGAGUUUGUCUUCACAAAGGCGUUGAAUACCUGCCCAAUUCUAAAGUACCGGGAUCAGAGUGCCAGGAGUGCACCUGCACCAACAAAGUGGACCCCAAGUCUGGCCAUUACCAAAUUGACUGUGGAUUCAUGCAAUGUGACGAAGAUUGUGAAAAGGGAUAUGAGUACCAGGAGCCUGGCUACUCCUCAGAUGACUGCUGUGGGAAAUGUGUUCAGACCCACUGUGUCCUCCAGAUCAAUGGGACCAAGCAGUUGUUGAAGCAUGGAGAUACAUGGUCUGCUCCUGGUGACAAGUGCCAGCAGUACAGCUGUGUGAAAAACGGUGAUAGUUAUCUGACCCAGAGCUCCAACAUCCAUUGCCCACCCUUCCAGCAGGCCAACUGCCAGCCUGGUUCAAUUCAGACCGCUGCAAACGGCUGCUGUAGAAUUUGUGUGGAGAAGGACAAGGCCUGUAAGAUAGGAUCCAUGAAGAGUUUCAUCAACCACAAGAGCUGCCAGUCUGUUGAGGAGGUGGAGAUGCCGUACUGUGAGGGAUCCUGCAACACCUUCACCAAGUACUCUGCCAUGGCUGCGUCUCUGGACCACUCGUGUGCCUGUUGCCAGGAGUCCCCCAGUAACCGCACGGUGGACCUACGGUGUCUGAAUGGAGAUGUGGUGCCCUACACCUACCUACACGUGGAGGAGGUAGCUGCAGACACAGCGACUGCAACAGAGCCAUUAGGGUGCCCGCCCGCAGGACACGCAGCAACAUGCCGGUGUAAAUGGGAUCUGUACUAAUACAGAUGGGAAUGGUCCAGCACCAAUCCACUCGCUGCUUACUGAGGAACACCCUGCUACCCUGCUUCACAUGGCUGUUAUUUAUCUAAUCGCUUUGAUUUAUCUAUAAAAUGUAGAUUAAAUCAUAUUUAAAAUGUAGAAACUUAUGCUUACUUAUCUUAUUAAAAUGCAACCUUCAAAUA